GCUUUCCCGGUAAACGCAGACGACGCGGCGCGGCGGAGGGGGGGUGCACGCCAUGGCGCAAGGUUUCGUGAGGGGCUCCUUUCCGAGUCCCGACUACUACGAGAAGCUGGGCCGCCUCCAGGGCGCGCUGAGGGACAGUGAAAAGAAGAGAUUAGAACUGGAAAGAAAACUUUAUGAGUAUUCCCAAUCUAAUAUAUAUAGAACUAAAAUGAAGUAUAUAAAACUGAAGAAAUACCUGAAAGAAAUAUGUGAAUCAGAAAGAAAGGCUCAUAUUCGAAACCAAGAGUAUUUAAAACAGUGUCAUCAAAUUCAGGACCAUAUUGGAAGCUUCACUAGAAAUUCAGACAGACUUGAGAAAUUAAAGAUGGAAUAUAAGACUCAAAUCAAGAAGAUGCAUCUGUCGAUAAAAAAUAACCUGGGAGUGAAAGACAUACACCAAGACAAUGAUGAAAAGGUGCCGCAAGUUGUGAAGCCAGUAGGAAUUAACCCGGGGACAGUCAUGUCAAGAGGAUUGUAUCAUCCAGCAACAAUCUUUAUGGGCCGCCAAAUGUCAGCAAUCUCAAGCACUGGAGAUUUCAGUACACAGUGGAAAUCUUCCCAGCCCACAAAGAGCUUUUCAAUUUCUGACCCACAUUCAUGCCAACAGACAGCAGAGAGAAGUAAUGUGACAGACAGCUGUGGAGUACAAAUGAAUAGUGAUACACAGUGCUUAAAUAAGUCUGACAAAAUAGACGGAAAGACAUCUCUCCAGAUUGGUGAGAAAAUGCCAAUCACAUCCACGGCAUUGUCUGAGCUUGAACAAACUCAUUGCUUAAAGAUAGUAAGCGGCGCAAAUAAUGAUCACGAAGACCUGAAACAUCAGAGUUCCAUUAACCACAUGCAGGAGCAUGAAGAGGAAAGUUUAAAUAGUAGCAGUGACCUUACUGUUUCUGUGAGUGGAGAUGAUCUAAUUAUCCAUACUACAGAAGUAUAUCCAAAUCUGAGUGACAGCAGUGAUGAAAUAGAUGAAACAGAUGCCUUAAAACUAAUCUGUACCAAGCAAGAGAAAGAUGCCUUAUCUGCUGAAAAAAAUAAUUGUACCUUGCAAACUGUAAGCUCUCGUGCCUCGGAAAAGGAAUCCUCGGCUAAUUCACCAACAAGAGAGAAUUAUUUGACAUUCAAAGGAUUCACCUAUCUAUUACAGUUCAUAGAAAACAAGUUAGCCCAAGAAAGCCUACAUUCUGUGGAACUAUAUCAAAACGUGAUCAUAGAUCAAGAAAGAAUUAACUUGCUAAUAAGCCUUUGUAAUCAAACUGACAUUUUGAAAGAAGAAGACCUUGAAGCAUGUGGAGCAGUUGUCCUUCACCAGCUUCAGAGACUGUUACAGCACACAUCCACUAAAUGCCUCUUACCUGAGGAAGCUCUUAUUGACAGAGGUAGUGGUGUGGAUGAAAAGCCAGUCAGCUCUGAAGAACUAUUUAACUCUGGCACAUUAAGAGAUCAGUUAUUAAAACAUGUUUCUGCCUUAAAAAAACACAAUAUCUCUCUCAAAGAAGAAGUUACCAAAAUGUUUGAAGUCUUCUUAGCUGAUAACAGUGACCAAAGUUCUACGGCUACAGCAUUAUUGAAAAAAGCCCUUACAGAAGAGUGUGAAGAUAGGUCGUCUAUUCACAGUAAUGAAUCAUCUUGCAGCUUGCCAUCUAUUCUGAAUGACAAUAGUGAAAUAAAGCAAGCAAAACAUGUUCAAUGGCUUGACAGCAUUGGUACAAGGAAACAAGAAGUCACUAGCACAUGUGAAGAUGAGAGCAAGGAAGAAAGCUUGAUAGAAAAGAUUCCUAUUACAGAAACAAAAGCAUAUCAAUUAUUGAAGCAGUCCACAUUACAGGAUAAUAAAAAUCAAACUGAAGAACAUUACCAAAAGGAAAAAAAGGGAGCUGUGUCUAAAUUGGAAUUGGCUGGCUUGAAUAUUGGCAGCAGUACUUUGAAGACAAAGACAAGUAACGAAAUCGAUUCAGAAGCUAGUUUUUCAUCUAGUGAAGGAAGUCCUUUGUCAAGGGAUGAAAGUAAAAGGAAAAUGACAACCAAUUUAAAGUCAAAAGCUUUUUGGGGAGAAUCUGAUGAUAGCAACUCUGAAAUUGAAGCUGCUUUACGUCCUAGAAACCACAAUACUUCUAUUGAUGAUUUUGAUGACUUCUAUGACUAACAAACAUCACCUGCUUGGAACUGAAAAGAUUUUAAAUAAAAAUAUCAAGUUUCAAAUUGGAA